UUUUGUUUUCCUUACGAAGAUGGGUUUCAAUGAAUCAGGUCUUCGCGAUAAUCGACAAUAAUCGCGAUCUGUUUUUGUGGAUCUUCCUGUUUUUCUUUGUAUCAUCUUUUUAGGUUUCCAGAAAAAGCGGGAAAAACGGUUUGGAGGAAAAAGGAAAGCCUAUGGAAGAGUCGGAAGCAAUAUUGAGGGUUCAGGAUCUUAUUGCAAAAGUUAGACCUCCUGAUUCUAUGAACUGUGACGGUUUUCCUCUUCGAUUUUGGAAAACCCGCAGUGGUUACCAAUGGUGAAAUUGUGCAGUUUUUGGGGACUGGAGAAUUAGGACAGUUGUUUAUCAUCCGCUGAAACUCAAAAUAUCAUAUUCGAAUCAUAAUUGCCAUCGUCUGUGUUUAAUUUAUGAUGUGCAGCUAAUAUGAUGUUCUCUUAUUUAAUUCGUUGAAAAAUAGAUGUGAUUGUUGAUUUAUAUUCUUGUCAUAUUGGUUUGAUAUUCGAUAUUCAAGAUCUGCUUGCAUUUCAGAUCCACAAUAAGUUCAAUGCAGUAUCUAUGGAUCUAUUUAAUGCCUAUUCACAUGGUUAAAAGGUGAUCUAAAGCUCCACCUGUAAAAAUGAGACAUAAGAAUUAUUUUGAUCCUAAAUUACAGAAGCUUAAAAAGACUAUGGUGCAUUUUUUUAUAGUAAAACACUGAAAGCACACAAUGCCACAUGAAUCUAUAACUUGAGUAUGUCCUUUUGCAUGCAAAGUAAUCAAUCCGGUGCAACUGAUUUUGUUCAUGAAUUCUAAUACAACGUUUUAUUCAAUUAUUAGUGCCAUGUCCAUUAGUGGACUUUGCAAGCACCUACCAAUUUACCAUGGAUCCACUGGCAGUGAGUGAAAGCAGGGAGGUGGGUAGGUUAAAUGCAGUCAAGACUGGCAGUGUUUCUGAAAGAAUCAAGGCUUUUAAUGGUCUUGCCAAAGAGAGAAAUUUGUCAGAGAUCACUCGAUCAAAGUGUGAGAGUCAUGAGGAUUCACUUCCUUCUAAGAUUUCAGAGUUGAUGAAAUUGGGUGAUUUGGAGAAUGCCUCCUCACAUGCCCUUUUCGGGGUUGUGAAUCGGAUUCUGGAUGAAUCCAUCGAGAAAACCAAUGAGGACAUCCCUCAGCAAGUUGCAUCUGUACUAAAGCUACUCGUGCAAGAACUUGAGCAGCGGGUUUCACAACAGGCAGAUAAUAUGGUGAAGCAUAAAAACAUGUUCAAGUCUCGUGAAGAUCGGUUCCAUUCAAAACUUAAAGCAUUAGAAACUGUGGCAACUGAAACUAAUGAAGCAUAUGAGAUUGUCAAUAAGCAGCUUCAACAAAUCAAGAUUGAAAAGUGUGAGGUUGAGGAGGAGAAGCAGCUUGAGAAGCAGAAUGCAACUAAACUGAGGAAAGAAAAUGAAAGCCUUGAGAAUAUGAUUUCAUCACUAAAUGAAGAACUCAGGUUAGCCAGAAAGUCCUACAAAGAGAAACUCCGGGAAUUGGAAACCAAAGAUGAAGAAACUAAAGAUAUGCUACAGAAAAAAAUAUCGGAACUCGGGUGCCUUCUCGCCAAUUCAAGGAAGAAAAUAAAUGAGCUUGAGGAAUUUUCAGAAUCAAAACCUUUGAGAUGGACAAGAGGGAUGGAUUUCAUAGAUUCACAACUUAGAUCUGUACAGGAACUGAGGCUGGCAUCUGAGUUUAUAAAGCAAGAGAUAUUGAGAAUCAAGAAUAUCUAUGCAGAAGAAUUCAAUCAUCUUGGCUUAAAUCUCAAACACUUGAUGGAUGCUGCCCAAAACUAUCACAAUGUGCUCGAAGAAAAUCAAAAAUUGCAAAAAGAGAAUCAAGAUUUGAAAGGAAACAUUGAAGUUUAUUGCCGAGUAAGGCCACUCCUGCCAGGACAAAGUGGAAGACAAACUACCAUACAAUAUAUCGGCGAAAAUGGAGAGUUGGCAGUUGCAAACCCAUUAAAACCAGAAAAAGACAAUCUUUGUCUUUUCAAGCUUGACAAAGUAUUUAGUCCUGCAGCCACACAAGAGGAGGUAUUUCGAGACGUUCGGCCAUUAAUCAGGUCCGUCCUUGAUGGAUAUAAUGUAGGCAUAUUUGCUUGUGGUCAAACUGGUUCCGGGAAAACUCACACAAUGACAGGACCCAAUGCAACAUCUAUUGUGGAUUGGGGUUUGAACUAUAGAGCUCUGAAUGAUCUCUUCAAUAUCUCGCAGAAAAGAUGCAGCUCCACUGCAUAUGACAUUGGAGUCCAAAUGAUUGAAAUAUAUAACGAGCAAGUGCAUGAUUUGCUCUGCCAUGACACUUCCCAGAAGAGACUUGGAAUAUGGAAUACCUGCCUACCAAAUGGCUUGGAUGUGCCUGACUCUACCUUAUAUCCUGUUAACUCAAUCACCGAUAUCUUAGAGCUGAUGAAUAUUGGCUUACUGACUCGAUCCGUAGGUACAACUGCUCUGAAUGAAAGAAGUAGCCAAUCUCACAGCAUACUAACUGUCCAUGUCCGUGGAACGGAUUUGAAGACCAAUGCAAUCUCCCAUGGUUGUCUGCAUUUGGUCGAUCUGGCUAGCAGCGAAAGGAUUUGUCACACCGAAGCAACCGAUUAUAGGUUGCAUGAUAGAUACACAAGCAAGUCUGUAUCUACUUUGGGUGAUGUAAUCUCCGCGCUGGCUUGCAAAAGGCCUCACGUGCCAUAUGGAAAUAGCAAGUUAACUCAAGUUCUUCAAAGCUCUUUAGGUGGCCAGGCAAAGAUUCUUAUGUUUGUACAUCUCGAUCCUCAGAUAGAUUCGUACUCGGAGACCAUAAAGUCCCUAAAGUUUUCCGAGAGAAUAUCCAGAAAUGAGUCGGGUGCAGCUCAGGGUUAUGAAGUUCAGAGCGUCCGAGAACUUGCCGAACAGGUAGCUUCUUUGAGGGAUGCCCUUGCAAAGAAAGAUGAAGAAAUAAGGCGUUUGCAGUUGCCGAAAACUACUAUAAACAGUGAAAGAAAUGGUGUGAGCUCACCAAAAUACGGAUACAGGCAUUUUACUGGAGUGACAAAUCAAAGCAUGUAUGAGAAAACAGAUUCUGGUACAGAUAAAAAAUCCGACUACAGCUACAAGCAUUCUGACAAGGAAUCUCACCAAUCAUCAGAUGAUUUUAAGCCUCAUAGGGAAUUCUUUCUACAAUCAAGACUUGCUGUUGUAGAUGGUCCUGAAAACUUUCCGGAGUUAAAAUUUGAUUGGAUAGAUGGUAGUAAUAAUCCAGAUGACGACAUAGAGCUUUGGGGGCUUGGAGAUCCUGAUACUGAGGAAAGGCUUAGUGAUAUAUCUGAUGGAGUUCUUACUAUGGGAACAGAAACUGACAGUAUCAUAGAGUACAUCCUUUUCCCUGAAACAACGAAGCCAGAUCCUGCUAAAGACACGACCGAAAUAACUACAAAUGUGGAAAGUAAACUUCCAGAAUUGCCAAAGCAGGGCAAAUUGAGAUCACCAUUUUCAUUGCUGAGUAAGAGCUCCAAAAUUUCAGGCUCUAAAAAGGCCAGAGUUAACAGUUCUGCACUUAAAGCCCCCAAAAGACGGCAAUGAUUUUCAAGAAAAGGUGAGAGUCAGAAUAAUCCCUCAACCUUAUUUAAAUAUCACUUAUACUCUGUACUCGGAGAUACUUUCCUCAUCUAGUGGGUGAUUAUGUCAAUGUUGAUAAAUGAAGUCAACCAGCAAUUUUUUCAA